ACUACAGCAAAGCGCGUGACUUCAAAGUAAUUAUCUAUUAAUUACACCAACAUAAUUGUAUCUUGAACUGGUAUGACCAGUUAAACCAGUACAAUCACACAGCAUGCAUGUAUGUUUGUGAUAUAUGUGCGCUGCAUUAUACACCGAGCCCCCUCCUUCAGCGCCUCACCUGGAUGAACACUCAGAGCAGAUCUUCAAUUUAGAACUCAGCAUCAGUUAUUAAUAGGGGUUGGUACACAGAGUAACUGGGUAUUAUUUCGUCGAGUUUUCAUUUAAGACAAAAAUGUAACUUGUCUUAUUCGGCGAAUCACAGUCUUAACGCCGAGUUGAAACGUAUUUUUGUUUUGUUUUGUUUUAAUCCAGAGAAGCAGCCCUCCCCCUGUGUCGCGGCAGUGGUUCGAUCCUCCGACGGAGUCUAGUAAAUGAAUCGCUGAAUGAAGAUGGCGGAACUGUAGAGGGCUUAAGUCUGGGCACUUUUAAACUUCAUUUGUUUGUUUGUUUGUUUGAUUUGUUUUAACAUCAUUUAGGAGCUUGGAGAUUUUUUUGUGGUGGGAUUUUUCGUUUGUUGGUUUGUUUUUAAACAAGACGAUUGGUGUGUGAUAUUACUGCCCCUGGAAUAAGACACUGCUGAGGGACCGGGACCUCUGUCCACCACGGAGAAACCCACCAAUCACAGCAUGGCUGAUCACAGGACAGGGGCAUCAGCAGCAGCUCUGGAGUGCUGAAGAGAGGAAGAAUGAGAGAGUGAGGAAGAGAACUAGAUGAAAGACAAACACGUGGAGAAAAAGAAGGAAUACAAAUCUGUGCUCUUUAAAAAACACAGAGAAAGGAGGAGGAGGAGGAGUGUGACAGGGCAACCAGUCCUUGGUGUGUCAGAGGCGGAGAGAGGAGCUGGCAACAGUCACUGUGAGGAAAGGGAGAGUUGAGACUGAUUGAAAGAGCAGCCUUGCUUCUCUUGAUCCUUAACUGAGUGGGUGAAGAAUUGAUAGCGACAAUUACAGAUCGGUAGGGUGGGCGAGGGGAGUUCGAGUGAGCCUGUGUGUGUGUGCAUGUCUGCAGCGGGUAGUGACAACGGCAAGCAGAGGGAGAGACUAUGGGUACCAUGGUGACCUAGAGUAAAUGGCUGUUCCUGAGCUGAGCUUGUUGCCAGUGUCUGCUGCUCAUCCCUCCUCUCUCUCUCUGUACCUGCUCCUUCUUCUCCUCCCCUGCCUCUGGUCCUCCUGCUGUCGCCUCCGCUAUGCUUUGGGUCUGGAAGUCUGUGCGUAGCCUUCGGCAGCUUGAGUUGCACCGUCUGAUCCUGGCCCUUAUCGUCUUCAGCCUGCUUUCCAUGUGCUUCCUGGCUUAUUAUGUCAGCAGCAGCCCCAAGAUCAAAGAGGCGCCCCCUCUUCCCUUCAGCGACUGUGGGGCAGGAGGAGGAUCAGAGGGGGGGCAGAGGGCACCUCCGUUCAUCCCCCUGCAGGCGGGACAGCGGCGCUUUGUGAAGGUGGUGGACACGUCUCACACGGACCCCACGGUGCUGGUGUUCGUGGAGAGCCAGUACUCCCAGCUGGGCCAGGAGAUUGUGGCGAUGCUGGAGUCCAGCCGGUUCAAAUACCGCACAGAGAUCGCCCCGGGGAAGGGGGACAUGCCCGUGCUGACGGAGAGGGGGCGUGGCCGCUACACGCUGGUCAUCUACGAGAACGUGCUCAAGUAUGUCAACCUGGACGCCUGGAACCGGGAACUGCUGGACAAGUACUGUGCCGAUUUUGGCGUGGGCAUGAUCGGCUUCUUCAAGGCCAACGAGAACUCGCUGCUCAGCGCCCAGCUCAAGGGCUUCCCGCUCUUCCUGCACUCAAACCUGGGGCUACGUGACUACCGCAUCAACCCCGCCGCGCCACUGCUCUACGUAACACGCGCCAACGAGGUGGAGCAGGGGCCCCUGCCUGGAGACGACUGGACUGUCUUCCAGUCCAACCACAGCACCUACGAGCCUGUCCUGCUGGCCAGCACCAAGUCCUCGGAGGCUCUGGCUCAACUGAGCGAGCACCGGGCCCAGCACGCCACCGUGGUGCAGGACCUGGGGCUGCACGACGGCAUCCAGCGCGUCUUCUUCGGAAACAACCUGGCCUUCUGGCUGCACAAGCUGGUGUUCAUCGACGCCAUCGCACACCUGACCGGACGCAGGCUCUGCCUCUCUCUCGACCGCUACCUGCUCGUUGACAUUGACGACAUCUUCGUGGGCAAGGAGGGUACGCGAAUGAAGGUGUCGGAUGUGGCGGCGCUCCUGAAUACCCAGAACAAACUGAGAGCGCUGGUCCCCGACUUCACCUUUAACCUGGGCUUCUCAGGGAAGUUCCAUCACACAGGCACGGACGAGGAGGAUAUUGGGGAUGACAUGCUGCUGCGGCACAGGAAGGAGUUUUGGUGGUUCCCUCACAUGUGGAGCCACAUGCAGCCACAUCUUUUCCACAACGUGAGCGUGCUGGCCGAGCAGAUGAGGCUCAACAAGCUCUUCGCUCAAGAGCACGGAAUCCCCACAGAUCUGGGGUACGCAGUGGCGCCCCAUCAUUCUGGGGUGUACCCCGUUCACAGCCAGCUCUACGAGGCCUGGAAGUCUGUGUGGGGGAUCCAGGUGACGAGCACUGAGGAGUACCCCCACCUGAGACCGGCGCGAUACCGCAGGGGGUUCAUUCACAACGGCAUCCAGGUGUUGCCCAGGCAGACCUGUGGCCUGUUCACUCACACAAUCUUCUACAACGAGUACCCAGGGGGCUCCCGAGAGCUGGACAAGAGCAUCCGGGGAGGGGAGCUGUUCCUGACGGUGCUGCUCAACCCGGUCAGCAUCUUCAUGACCCAUCUCUCUAACUAUGGGAACGACCGACUGGGGCUGUACACCUUUGAGUCGCUGGUGAAGUUUGUCCAGUGCUGGACUAACCUGCGCCUGCAGACCCUGCCUCCCAAGCAGCUGGCUGACCAGUACUUCCAGAUCUUCCCUGAGGAGAGGGACCCCUUGUGGCAGAACCCCUGCGAUGACAAGCGACACAAAGACAUCUGGUCCAAAGAGAAGACCUGCGACAGGCUGCCCAAGUUCCUGGUGAUCGGACCACAAAAGACCGGUACGACAGCUUUGCACUUCUUCCUCUCUCUGCACCCAGCGCUCACCAGUAACUUCCCAAGCCCAGUCACCUUUGAAGAGAUCCAGUUCUUCAACGGGCCCAACUACCACCGCGGCAUCGACUGGUACAUGGACUUCUUCCCCUUCCCCUCCAACGCCAGCACGGACUUCCUGUUUGAGAAGAGCGCGAAUUACUUUGACACAGAGCCGGUCCCUCGCCGCGCUGCCUCUCUGCUGCCACGAGCCAAGAUCAUUGCAGUGAUCAUUAACCCAGCAGAGCGUGCUCACUCCUGGUACCAGCACCAGUUGGCUCACCAGGACCCUGUCGCUCUGAACUACACCUUCCAGCAGGUGGUGCGCGCCCCCCCCAGUGCCCCGCCCCAGCUCCGAGCCCUGCAGAGCCGCUGCCUCUCCCCGGGGGCCUACGCAUCUCACCUGGAUAGGUGGCUCCAGUACUACCCCCCCAGCCAGCUCCUGCUGGUGGAUGGAGCUAAGCUCCGUUUGAAGCCAGUGUCUGCACUGGAUGAGGUCCAAAGAUUCCUGGGGGUGAGCCCCCUAUUCAACUACACACAGGCACUGACGUUUGAUGACAGUAAGGGGUUCUGGUGCCAGCGCCUGGAAGCGGGUCGGACCCGGUGCCUGGGGAAGAGCAAGGGCCGGAAAUACCCAGAGCUGGAGCCCGAGACACGCUCCUUUCUGUCGGAGUAUUACCGCGAUCACAACAUGGCACUGCUCAAGCUGCUCAAGAGGCUGGGUCAGUCCAUCCCUGUGUGGCUCAGAGAGGAACUGCAAAGCAGCAGCUGGAGCUGAACACAGAACCGGAACCUGACCUCCAGACAGAGCCAGAGCCGGGCCAGGCAAGCAAACAGGGAGGGGGAGCACAAAGACCAGUAACUACAGAGAAAACCCAAUGAGAGAGACAGUGAAACAGGGAACAAGGGCACACACACACCCCACUACCAUGGGUCUCAUAUAGGGGGUGCUGUGGCUCACAUGAUGCUUUUAACAUGUUCCCGCGUGAACGGUCUCUCCUCGCACAUGCCUGCCGCUCGCUCGCUCCUCCUCCCUGGUGUUCAUUGCUCUGUGGGGAACUCGUCCACGGCAGCAGUGUCCGAGCUGCUGUUAAACCUGUACGGAUACUUUUGUAUUUUUAAAGUGCAGUACAUGACUAAGGAGACUGAAUGGAGACUCAAACACAAAGGGACACCCAUAAACUAUAACCCCCUCUCUCCAAUACCCCCUUUUUGUCUUUCAUUUGUUUUUUAAUUUUUUAUGCACAUUUCUUUUUUAGAAAGCUGUUGUGUGUAAACAUUUUUAUUUAUUUCUUUUUUUUUUUUUGUUAAAUGAGACAUUUCAAAUAAUAAAGGACAUUUGCUAUUGCUGAUUUUAAACAUGAACCCAGAGGGUUGGCGGUGUGUGUGAAUGGGAGAGAGAUGAACAGGCUGCAGCAUUCUAGCUGCUUUUAUUUAUCCCAGGACUCUACAGACAGGCAGUCUGAACCAGGCCAACGUCGUGUCAAGUUGUAUCCUGCUGCGUACUUUUGCUGUUAACCGUUGAUUUCUCAAGGACUGCCAUGCAACGAAAAACUGCAUCUGAGAAUUUUUAUUUCAAACGGCAGCAACCAGUUGGGAGAUUUGAAGCUGUAUAUCUGGUUAUCUCUCAAAGUGAAUACAAACGGAGAGGUGUUUAGACAGACUGACUUGUUAUUGGGGGAGUUAAAGUUCCAUAUUGUGGUCUGUCCUUAAGUAUUUUUAAAAAGAACCGCCACCACCACAGUAUCAUCUCUAAUGCUGCUCUGCAGGGUUUUGGAAGAGUAUCUGAGUCGAUUCUGUAUAGUAAGGCUUUGUUGUCUGUUUGAUGUUGCUAAACAGUUUUAUUUUAAUUUGUUAUAUUUCUUUAUCCUUGCAUGUCUCCCAUAAUAUAGCCGUGGUAGCUUCCCAGAAAUUCGGGUCAAAGUUGAGGUUAUUAAUGUGAAACCACUACAACCCUCCCUCCCUCCGAUUAGCACCCAGGCCUUCAGAGGAAGGUGAAAGGCUGAACCCACUACGCCACCUAGCCCCUGUGCUCCCCUGACUGACUCCACCUGCACACCACGUGGCCGUGCCUUUACCAGGGGAGACUGGGGACCUGUUUGAUUCUUUGUUAGUAUGACACUUCUGAUUUGUAUCUUUCACUGUAUUCAUUACCCACAGGACCCUGCCAAACUCUGACUGCCAAUAUGACAAAAAAAAAUUCAUUGACAUCCAAAACAACUCAAAGGCACAGCCCUGGUGUUCUCUGAAUAAGAGAAAAACGCAUUAAUAAAUAAACACCAGAGUUGCGUUUCAGGCUUUGUCUUGUGUGUUGAAAAUGUUACGUAGUCUCAAUCUGUUCCUAGAAAUUCUACAAGUAAUGAAUUCAAGUACUAGUUGGCAUUUUACAAGUGUGCAAAGCAGCUCUCCAGUUGCCUUAGGUGGUAGAGCAUUGGAUGCUGAUUGGCCAGGCAGUUAGUUCAAGUGUUAAUCCCUCAUUUUCCAAAAUAUUCUUUAAUUAACUUACAGACCCGUAAGGGUUGGCUUUGAAUCCAGUUCAAGACCCAAAUGAAACGACCAUGAGCAGCACAAUUUAACCCCAGGUUUACGUCACAAAAUGUAAUAACGUGUUUCACCAAGCAGGGGAGCUCAGUUGGUAGAGCAUGGGACUCUAAUUCCCAGGUUAGUGGGUUCAAACCCUAUGUUAGAGACAUGGGUUUUCCUUUCAUUUUCAAAGACAUUUUUGAUACUCAGUUUUACAAGACAGGACAAGGUCUCAGUGGUCUUAAGCAUGGAAAUAAUAAUAUGAAGAGGUUUAUAGAGGAUUGCAUAUGCGAUGCUUGGCUAUUGCAUAGAGCCCAGUGGUGCAGUGUGAUAAUGUGCUAACAUCCUGAACUGGGGGGGUGGGGCACGGCACAUUCUUCUGUAGAAGUGUGAUAGCAUAGUGGGCUAAUUCACUAGUACGCUGCGGUUCUCCUUGGGGGACGGUAAAGGAAACUUUCCCAUCAAGGUGGCAUGGCUUAAUGGGUUAACUUGGUAACAUGCUGUGAUGUUAUCCUUUGAGAACUGGGUUCAAAUCCAGUUGAUUCUUGCCUCUAUUUUCAAAACUGGUUAAUUGACCUUAUAGCCCAGGGGUGGCCAACCCUGGUCUUGGAAGCCUCAGGGUGACCUGCUUUUUGUUUUACCCCAGCCUCUUAAUGAUGUAAUUGAUUUAAUGAUUGGGCUUAAUUGGUCAGAAUUACUGUUUGUUCCAGAUAUUUAGCGAUUGAUGAUUUAGAGCUACCUACAGAACCUGCAGGAUUGAGACUCUCCAGGAACAUGGGUUGGCCACUCCUGUUAUAGGCAAUGUGAAACACAGCUUUCCUGUGGAAGCUGGUGGUACAGUGGGCUAAUCACAUGGCUGCCUCUUCCUGAAGAUGACUGUUUGAAUCCAGCUGGGUUCAACGGCAUUUGAACCCAGUUCUCCAAGGAGCACAGCACAGCAUACUAGCAAAGUAGCCCACUGUGCUUCCUCACUUUCAUGGCAGUUUGCUUUUUUCAUUGACUAUACCAUAAACUAAAUGUGUCUCUGAAAAUAAAGGAAGAAACUCAUCUGGAUUCAAAUCCAAUUCCACAAGGAGGCACAACAUGCUAAUGAACUAGCCUACUGCACCACCUGUCUCUUUGUGACAGUCUAGUAGUCAAACUUUUAGAUAGUAGAUUAACGCUUUUUUUCAACUGAGAACACAGCAGAUCUACACGGUUAAUGCUAUCAGUGUUAAUACUAGUGGUUUGCAGAAGUAUUCAACCCCCGCCAAGUUUUCACAUUUUGUUGGCACCUGAUUGUACUCCACGACGCUU